CGCAACGGGUGCUGGAUCGCAAUUUGCAAAUCAGCGGGAAUAGCUUUGGGCUUCGACCAUAGAGCUAACCUCAAAACUAUUUGAUUACAGUAUGUAAAUAUUUUACUGCGACAUACAUGAAGACGACGGUCAACCCAAAGGAGCUGGUGCUGCUGGGCGGAGGUCACAGCCAUGUGGAAGUGCUGCGGGCGUGGGGUCAGCACCGGUUAGCUGGUGCGACCUCGCCCGCACCAGGCGCCGCCCAGGCUGCCCCGUCUCACGCGCCACCGAUGCCCGCCACGGCCCCUUCUCCUCCUCCUCCUCCUCCACCAUCAGCCUCUGCAGCGCGUGUGACGCUCAUCAGCCGCGGGCGCUGGACGCCGUACAGCGGCAUGCUGCCGGGCUGGGCGGCGGGCUUCUACAGCUUCGAGGAGGUGCACAUCGACCUGCAGCGCCUGGCGGCCUACGCGGGGGCGCGGCUGGUGCUGGGCGAGGCCACCGGUCUGGACCUGGAGGGCCGCCGGGUGCUGCUGGCGCCGCCGCCCGCCCAGGCGCCGCCGCAGCCGACCGGGCAACCAGCACAGGCCGGCGCCGACGGUGGGGCCGGAGGCGGCGCCGCACCCAAUCAGCUUGGGGCGCAGGCGCAGGCGCAGGCGCCGGGGGCGUCGGGCCGGUGGGGCGGCGCGGUCAGCUGGUCCGUGCUGUCCAUCAACACCGGCAUCACGCCGGGGGUGCGUGGUGUGCCGGGAGCGCAGGAACACGCCACGCCCGUCAAGCCCAUCGACGGGUUCGUGCGGAGGUUUGAGGGGCUGCUGCAGAGGUACAGGGACGCCGCAGCCAAGACGUCACCGCAGCCCAGUGCGGGGCGGCAUGAGGGGGACCAGCACCAGGGCCAGGGCCAGGGCCAGGGCCGGCCUGUGGUGCGGGUGGUUGUGGUGGGCGGCGGCGCGGGCGGCGUGGAGCUGGCGGCGGCAGUGCGGUACCGGCUGGAGGAGGAGAGGCUGAGAGGCGGCUGGCCUAAGGAGUGCGCGGCGGCCAAGGUCAGCCUGGUGUGCCGCGGCGGCCUGCUGCCCGGACACCCGCCACACGUGCGCCGGCUGGUGGCGCGGCUGCUGCAGGCGCGGCUGGGCGUGGAGGUGCGGCAGCGGGCCGAGGUCACGCGCGCGUCCCCCGGCCGCCUGCACCUGCGGCUGCUGGGUGGCAGUGGCGGCGGUGGUGGCGGCGGCGGCACCGGUGGCGGCGGUGGCGGCAAGGAGGUGCAGGAGGUGCAGGAGGUGCAGGAGGUGCUCACCGCGGAUGAGGUGCUGUGGUGCACCCAGGCGGCGCCGCCGGAAUGGGUGGCGGCGUCGGGGCUGCCCACGGACGGCCGCGGCUUCCUGGCGCUAAACGACUGCCUGCAGGCGGAGGGCGGCCCGCCAGAGGUGUUUGGUGCGGGCGACGUGGCCACGGUCACGCGCCACCCGCGGCCCAAGGCCGGCGUGUUCGCAGUGCGCCAGGGGCCGCCCCUUGCCCGCAACCUGGCCGCGCACCUGGCGGGCCGGCCCCUGGAGCCCUUCACGCCCCAGUCCACGGCCCUCGCACUCAUCACGCUAGGCGGCCGUUUCUGUGUGGCCAGCCGCACCGGUGGCGUUGCCGCCAAGCGGCCGGCUGGUGCAGGAGCAGGGGCGGGGUCACGGCCGGCGGCGGGGUCGGGGCGGCCCGAGGACGAGGACGACGGCCCCGAGUGGCCGCUGGGUUGGCUGCUCAACGGCUGCGGCGGGCUGGCGGUGGAUCUGACGGGGCCGCUUCUAUGGCGCUGGAAGGACGGCAUCGACAGAGCCUUCAUGCGCCGGUACGGCGAGGGCCUGCCGCCAGGCGACUGGGAGCGCGGUGGCGGGGCUGGCGGGGGCUUCGAGACUGGGAAGCGCCACACGGAGUGAUGCAGCCUGGCCUGCUAGGGAGCCUUAGGCUACUCGUUACUACUCUUGCGAACUCAUACAGUUUAUACUGCGGCAUUGCAUACGCGCUGCCAGCGCGCCUGUGUCCUUUUUGGGCGCGAAACCUUGAGACCGUGCUUGGAAGGCUUGUAGAUUUAAUGCUUUCAUAUUUUUAUCAUGUUAUGCAUGUAAAUGAGCACUAUG